AUGGUACCUAAUCAUGUGUUACAGUACAACCUGCUCUACCAGGACCUUAAACGAUUCUCCAAAAAUGGAGAGUGUUUCUGCAAAGAACUCAUAACAGUAUUCCAGCAAAGUUAUUCACUGAGUAAGAAGAAAAACAGUUUUGGCACAAAUGCAUGUUCUGUCGAUGAUCCAAUCAGAUCCGAGCUGGAGAUCAGCUAUUCUAAGACGCUGCAGAAACUGGCUGGGAAACUCAUCAACGUGUCCAAAAUGAUGAGCAGCAACUCAACAUACAAUACAUGGUCUCUUGUCUCGAAUGAGAUGUUUGUAACAGCAGAAGCACACAGAACACUAGGCCAAGCCUUUCAACAUGAUGCCUCUGUGGAAAUUCGUCAACUACUGGAUGAACACACAAAAAGGAAAAGACCACUGGAAAAUGCCAUUGAAAAGGCUGGCAAACUGGUUCUGGACAACUGGAAUGAACAACUAAAGGCAAAGAAAAAAUUAGCUGCCUUAACCAGAGAACAUGAAGCUCUCUUUAACUUUGUGGAAAAGAACAAACACAUCUGUACAGAAAAAGAGAAGCAGAAGAUGAUUAACAGAUUGACUAAGUCAGCAGAGCUUCAGGUAAAAGAGGAUGAGCGUUACUUCAGCAUGAACAUGGACAGCCAUCAGAUCAGACUGAAAUGGGAGAACACGCUUAAAAGCUGCUAUCAGAUUGUUCAAGAUCUUGAGAAGCAAAGGAUAGAAACUCUGUUCAAUGCUCUGAAUAAAUACAGUCUUCACACCAGCAGCUACAGCCAAACACUUCUUCAUAGUCAGAAGCAGGUUGAUCAGGCCAUUAGCAGAGUGGACGUGGAGAAAGAUGUCCAGACUCUGCUGGAUGACACCUGUGUUACAGCAGAUGAUAACCAGGCUGAAUUUCUCAUGACUGAUUACUAUGAGGAAGAUGGAAAAACAGCAAUGGAAAAAGAAAGAAGAAAAGCUGCUCUGAAGGCCAAACUCCAGCGACUGGAGGAAUGCAUUCUCAAAACCAAGAAGGACAAAGAAGGGCUGGAGAUGAUGAAGUCAGACUCUGAAACCAACUCUAACACAAUUCACAAAAACCUGGAGGAAACUGAGCAGCUCAUUGAUGAGUCCAUUUUAAAAUUGGAACUUUUGGAGGCCACAUACUGCAAACUGAAUCAAGCCUUGAUGGAAGUAGAAGGGAAACCCAAACCCGUACAUCGGUUCACUGACGGCAUCAAAACAUUCAAAGAAAAGGAUUGUGAACACAGCAUAGUCAAACUGUCAAGGCCAGUAAGGAUGAAAAAGACACCAUUCAGAUCACGCCAGUCUUUGAGAACUUCAGUCGUGAAUAAAGGCUCUGCUAAAAAUACUACACACUGUCAGACUGAGAUUAAUGGAGCUUCACCUCAUUCUCCAGAGGACAUUACACAAGCAGGUGCAGAGUUUUGCCGUCUAGAGAAAUGUGAGGCUUUAUAUGACUACUCAUCAGAGAAACAGGACGAGUUAAACAUUACAGAAGGAGAUCAGAUUGAGAUCCUUCAAAAAGAAGACAGUGGCUGGUGGUUUGGAGAAGUGAACGGGAAGAAAGGAUUCUUUCCAUCCAAUUAUGUGAAAGAACUCCCAGUCAUAUACGUGGCCAAGUCCUCUGAUGCUUAAGUCAAGAUGGGUUUAUUAUUAGCAGUGAAUAUAGCUAUAGUCCUACAUACUGCAGUAAAUUACAAAUGUUUUCUUUAAGUAAAAGAAACAAAGAAUUCUGCACUCAUCACAAAUACAGCAAAGCUUAGUUUAUUAUAGUUAUUUUUCAAAAUAGAUAUGACAAAUUACUGGAAGAAUUGUAGCCUUUUACACAUGUACAAUGACAAGCA